UUUGUGAGUGGCAAGGCGUUCGAUGUGGUCGGCGGCAUCAAAGGUCAUCAGUUUGAGCCUGCCUGGUAUGAAACUUGGCGGCUCCAUAUCUCCAUCAAUUGGGAAUUUGAGCUUCCUAAGGGAGGCUAGCCUAUUCAAUAACAGUUUGCAAGGCAGUAUCCCGACUGAAUUCGGACAAUUGAGACAGCUUCGUUCUCUAAAUUUAAGCCAGAAUAAUCUCCAAGGUAACAUUCCUAUGGAACUUGGCAAUUGCUCAAACCUUGUAUUUCUUAAUUUAAGUUAUAACAGUCUUUCUGGAGAAAUUCCCUUUGGAUUGGGGGAUAAUAUGAAGAAUCUGAUCAAACUGUCUGUUGCUAGAAAUGAUUUAGUUGUGGGAAUUCCAUCUUCUUUGGGAAACUUGUCAUCAUUGGACUAUCUCAGACUAGAAUAUAACCAUUUGGAAGGAGGUAUACCCGAUGCUUUAGGUAGAUUAUCGAGCUUGAAAAUAUUUUCCAUUGCUGAUAAUAACCUGUUCGGUAUCAUACCUAGUUCUAUCUACAAUCCUUCCUCUUUCACACAUGUUAGUAUGGCUCGAAAUAACUUAUCUGGUGGCCUUGCACCUCGGCUCGGUUUCGCUUUUCCGAACCUUGACACUCUGUUUCUUGGACAAAACCGAUUCACUGGAAGGAUUCCGAGAUCAGUCGUUAAUAUCUCUUGCCUAAAGCGGCUUGACAUCAACUCAAAUGGUUUCAGUGGAUUAGUUCCCGACGAUCUCGGAAAGCUUCGUAAUCUUUUGCUGUUCGACGUUCACAAUAACGAUCUCGAACUUGGGAUAGCAGGGGACUUGGAUUUUCUUUCUUCUCUAAGAAAUUGCACUGGAUUGCUAUAUUUGAUCAUCCAUGGGAAUAGAUUAGGUGGGAUGUUUCCGGACACUGUGGCAAAUUUAUCAUCCAAGCUUGAAGCUCUUUACAUGGGAGGGAAUCCGAUUUCUGGAAGCAUUCCUCGAGGAAUUGGUAAUCUUUAUGGGCUUACGGAUGUUUAUUUAGGGGAAACCUUGCUUGCAGGCGAACUUCCUGUUUCCAUUGGACAUCUUCAGAACCUUGGACAGUUUGACAUCUCUUCGAAUCACUUAUCUGGUGAAAUUCCAUCCUCCAUUGGCAAUCUUUCUCGAUUGUUGUACCUUUACUUAAACGGUAACAAUUUUCGGGGAAGGAUUCCAUCGACACUCAGGGGAUGCAAAGAUAUGGAGAAGAUGGAUCUUUCUCUAAAUAAACUCGGCGGUACCAUACCUGAUCAGCUGCUUGCUGCUUUUCAAAGUUUGAUUACUCUGAAUUUGUCCCACAACUCUUUCAAUGGUAGCUUUCCAUCAGAUAUUAGUAACUCAAAGAAUCUUGUAGGAUUAUAUGUUGAUAACAACAAUUUCUCAGGCGAAAUUCCUGAGCAAUUUGGUGAGAUUUCUGAAUUAAGAAUCUUGCGAAUGCAGGGAAACUACUUUCAAGGUAGCAUUCCUCGAGCUCUUGGUUCUUUACGAGGUCUCGAAAUCUUAGAUCUGUCCGGUAAUAACUUGUCUGGCACGAUACCACUUGAACUUCAAAAGCUUCCUUUUUUGGUGAAUUUAAACCUUUCUUUCAACCAAUUGGAGGGUGAAGUUCCGGAAGAAGGGGUUUUCAAGAAUAUCAGUCGAUUCUCUGUUGUUGGGAAUAAGGAUCUUUGUGGGGGAAUCCCUGAAAUAGAGCUUCUGAAAUGCUUCGAUAAGAAGGCAAUGAAAAACCGAAAUGGUUUAUCAAAGAAAUCCAUUGUCGUUAUCAUGAUCAGCCUUUCGCUUGCCUCGGCUUCGGUUGCAUUCAUUGCCAUCCUUUGUUGGCGAAAACAAUUGCAAAAAGAAAUGAUUCCUCUGUCUUUGAAGCAGCAAGUUAGCCUCUUUCAAGUUACAUACAAGGAACUUGUUGAAGCCACUAACGGUUUCUCAGCCUUGAACUUCCUUGGUGAGGGAAGUUUCGGGUCUGUUUAUAAAGGAUUUCUUAAUCGACAAGAAAACCCCGUUGCUAUCAAAGUACAGAACCUUCAAAACCUCGGGGCUGUCAAGAGUUUCAUAGCUGAAUGUGAGGUUUUAAGAAACGUUCGACAUCGGAAUCUAGUCAAGCUGAUAACUUGUUGCUCAAGCAUAGACUUCCAAGGCAAUGAUUUCAAGGCUAUAGUUUUGGAAUUCAUGGCGAAUGGAAGUUUAGAGAGUUGGCUUCAUCAUGAUCAUGUUGAAGGUCUCUCACGUCAUCUCGACUUUGCUCAAAUGUUAAACAUUGCUAUAGAUGUUGCAAAUGCAAUAUAUUACCUUCACCGCCAUUGUCGAACACCGAUUGUUCAUCGGGAUCUAAAGCCAUCCAAUGUCCUUCUUGAUGAUGACAUGGUUGCACAUGUCAGUGACUUCGGCAUGGCUAAGCUCCUUUCUUAUGCUGCAAGUAAUCUGGACAACAAGCAAUCAACUUCCUCAAUCAUCAAAGGAACGAUCGGGUAUCUCGCCCCAGGUAAAUUUCAUAUCUUUUGA